UCAUGAUGCGUUAUUUUUUGUUAAUAAUUUUUUACUAUUCAUUACUGUUCACCAAUGUUUUCAUUGUAGCUAAAAGUCAUAAUAUUGAUGAUGAUGAUGAUGAACCAAAUAUCUACACUGAACGUUUUAUGAAAAAUUUUGAUCAUAUCUAUUUAUUGGGACAAAAAUUUACCCAUCAAUUCUUUAGGCCAUUAUAUGAUGAAUCGAUUGCUAAUGUUGGAAAUCUUACUGGAGAAUGUCGCCAUUCAUUGCAGUUGAUGUUCACACAGCCAGAAUUGGAAUGGGCAUCAUUAAUGUUUGAUUCUAGUGGUCGAUUAAUAAGACCAGGUUUUAUAAGCGGAACUAUAACCGAUUUUGGUGAUUAUGAUCAAUGUUUAGCCAUCGAUCAUCAUCAUAAUGAUCGUAUGAUACAGGCAAGAUAUUGUCUGAUGACCAUACGUUUGCCGAUACCACCGGUAAAUGAAAAAAUCAUUUUCAAUGGUACUAGAUAUGAAAAUCGAUGGCCAUCAAAAUGGUGGAAUGAUCCACGUUAUCGUUUCUAUUAUCGAAUUGUUAGUGCUUUAUGUUUGCCAAGUACUUGUCAACGUAAUGAAAUUGAACAAAUAGCACGAAAAGUGUUUGAAAAUUUUGAAUUUACAAUCCAAGUGGAAGCCUGUCAAACAAGAAUGGAACAAGAAUCCAAUGAAUUGGAUUUUGGACAAAAAUUUUCAAUAUUCGUAUUGAGCAUCUGUAUUUCAUUUGCAAUCAUUGGAACAAUAAUCGAUUGCUACAAACGUCAAUGUUGUAUGAAUGAUGACGAUACGAUAAUAAUGGAAUUUUGGAAAGGAUUUAGUCUAUUGUAUAAUACGGAAAAACUUUUUACCAUAACUACAUACGAUAAUGAUUAUCGGGUAAAACCAGGUGAAACAUUGACAACACCACACACCGAAUUGACUGCCAUUCAUGGGCUGCGAUUUUUAUUGAUCAUGUGGGUGAUAACAUGUCAUACAACAAAUUUUGCACCAUUAGGUCUUUAUGAUCAACCAAUGAUUGCUUCUCGUUUUGCCAAUAGUAUUCAAAUAGUUCGAGAUUUUUGGACACAAUUUGUCAUAAGUGGAUCAUUAUCCGUGUCCGGUUUUUUCAUCAUCAGUGGCCUUAUAUCACUACAUACGGCAAUGAAAAAUCGUCAAGCAUUUCUUCAAUCAGUACCAUAUUGGAAAUAUAUACUACUCAGAUGGUUAAGAUUUGCACCACCAUUAUUGGGAAUGUUUUGUUAUCAAUUUUUAUGGCCAACAUUAGGCAAUGGACCAAUGAUGCAUUGGGAUUAUCUUCGUUAUGGUCAUCAGCCAUGUUAUCAACGAUGGUGGACAAAUUUUUUAUUCAUAUCAAAUUGGUUCCAUUUGACUGAUCAAUGUGGAUCACAUACAUGGUUUUUGAGUGCUGAUUUUCAAAUUAAUCUUGUGGCAUAUUUUUUCAUUUGGCUUUAUGCAUAUGAAUAUAAGGCCGGUUUGAUUGCCAAUAUCGUCACAUUAGCCAUGGCCAUUGUAUGUCCGAUUUUUAUACAUCUGUAUUAUGGGGUACCGCUGGUACAUAUCAUGGAACCAGAUAUUGAUAAAUUGAACGUUACCUUCAGUAUGAUUGAUAUCUAUACAUUCAAUCAUUAUUCUGCUUAUUUUACCGGAUUAUUGAUUGCUGGACUAUUACAGAAUCGUCGAUUUUCUUUGAAAAAAAAUAUUCGAUUGAUUCUAUGGUGGGCGGCAAUCAUUCUGGCAUUGGUCAUUCCAUUUUCAACAUAUCCAUUCAUACAGAUGGAAUAUAUUCCCGAUUCAUCGCUUAUAGCCAUUCUUUAUACUGGUAUAAAACGAUUUUUUUGGAUAUUCGCCAUCGGUUGGAUAGUGUAUGCAUCAUGUACGGAAACGGAUAAAAACAUUGUAUCCAGAUUUUUAUCAGCAAAAAUUUUUCAACCAUUUUCACGGCUUACAUUUUCAAUAUAUCUAACACAAUCAUUGGUCGUUUGGUAUUAUUCAUAUCAAUCACGUGAAUUGCAUACAAUUUCCCAUUAUAAUUCGAUUUUUCGAAUCGGUGGACAUACAUUAUUUUCAUUGACAUUCGGUUACAUUCUUUAUGUACUGUUUGAAGCACCAUCGGUUAAUCUAUGUAAAAUGGCAUUCAAACGUUCGAAUAUUAAACAAACAAUGAAAUCAUCGGCAACCGAUUCGAAUAACAACAACAAUGACGGAAUAGAAUUGAUGAAUUUGAAAAAAUCUGCCACAUUAAUUUCAAAAAAAUCCAAUCAAUGUAAACUUGAAUGAAUGAAUGAAUGUAAACCAUUGAAUGUGUGAUUAUUCUUUCAACCAAAAUGAUGGCCUUUUUUCUUUAUGUUUUUAUUUUCAUUUACCAAUGAAUUAGGUCCAGAAUCUUGAAAAUUAUUUCGGUUCCAUAUUCAUGAUUCGUGAUUCGUGUAUAUUGUGAAGUUUUUUCUUCUUUUGCUACUAAACAAAAUAAACAAUUUUUUUUUACCUCAAA